GUGACGGCCUCUCACUAUGUACUUUGAAAGCCUGUUCCGAGUAAGUUAGCCGACCAAGAAACUGUACAAGCCAGAAAACGACAGCGAUAUUUCUUUAUGCGAAGCCAUAGCUGUAUUGUCAGUCGAAAGAGACUGCGGGAAUGAAGGACGUUUCGUAUCAAGCUCUGAAAAUGGGCUUGAUUCUGUUAAAGAUUGUUGGCCCCGUCAGCUGUACAACAGAAACGAUAACCUCAGAGAACAAACUGGUCUGCCAUGGAGUGAACAACCAGACGUAUACCUGUGAAUCAGGACACUGCUGUGGAGAGUCCCAGUGCUGCAGUUAUUACUAUGAGCUCUGGUGGUUCUGGCUGGUGUGGACCAUCAUCAUCAUCCUCAGCUGCUGCUGCAUCUGCCACCACCGCCGCACCAAGCACCGGCUGCAGCAGCAGCAGCGGCAGCACGAGAUCAACCUCAUCGCCUACCGCGAAGCGCACAACUACUCCUCCCUGCCUUUUUACCUCAGGUUUUUGCCUAAUUACCUCCUGCCUGCCUAUGAAGAGGUGGUGAACCGCCCGCCCACCCCCCCUCCUCCGUACAGUGCCUUACAGACGGGGCCGACGGGCGGGGCCAGCCCGGCACCCACCGAGCCAGAGGACGGACUGUGCCCCCCCCAGCCGCCCACCCCCACCCCGCCUGCAUCCGACUCCCACCCCCCCAGGCCCAGCAUGGAGGAGCUGGCCCCCCUGGGGGAGGGGAAGGCCCUGCAGGACCAAUCGCACGUGGCCUCAGCCCUGGAGCUCGGGGAGUGCAAGGAGCCCCUGAGGGACUUUGGCCCCGAGGACAAAGAGCACACCCCCGGGAGGCACCGCCGCUUCACCGGGGACUCGGGCAUCGAGGUGUGCGUGUGCGGCCGGGGCCCCGACGGCAAGGAGCUGGAGGGGCUCCUGGGGCCCGCGGACUACUGCGACGGCUGCACCGCCUGUCCGUCAUCCGCCGUCGUCGGGGGCGACGAGGAGCGGGGCCCGCCCCCCUCCACGCCCGAGAGAGCGGCGCUGGAGCCCCUCCCCCGGCACCCCGUCUGCCUGCUCCUCCACACCAUCAACGAGCAGGAGGGGCCCCACGUGGCCCCCGGCCCCGGCCCCCAGAGCUGAGCCUCCCCGAGCCUGAAUCCGCUUCACCGGAGGCACGGACAGUAACCUUAACCAGACUUUACGCUAGGACGCGCUGCCUGUGUCUGUGGGUUUUAGGAUAUUUGUAUGGCCAUUGACCGAGUUGCCUGGGGGUGACACUGCGUAGCCUGUAGCAGCCAUAAGCACUUUCCUGCCCUUAAGCCUGCUGCUGUCGGAGCUGAAACAACAGCACCCAAAUGCCUUUAAGAUGGCCCCCAAUGAGGAGAGCUGAGAUAUCACACAACGGAGACGAAGCCACUAGCCGUGUGCAGUUCACUGUCGUGCCUGUCGGCCAUUUUGAUGAGGAGCCGUGCCAAGAGGUCGCCGGUGGGGAACGAGCACAGCAAUGCAAGUACCGCAGACAUACAGACGCAAAUAAACGCUCAUCAGUUCUGUGUGUGAAAUCAGCAGAAAUCUUGUUUUUAGGUUUUUCAAGGGCAAGCAAACGCUCUGUGUGUGUGUGUGUGUGUGGUGGACAAUGGUUCCACACAUUGUGACUUUGCUGAUGAUCUGUUCAUUAGAGCUGGCCUGAAGUUUAUUUGUGUUCUGGUUAUCCCUACCCCAGUUACAGCACAUUACACUAUCAAACAUUAAUAUUUAGUUUUUUAUUCUAAUGAGAAACGAAUGUGCAGCAACGGAUAAAUGUAUAAUCAGUUUUAAGCUUGAUUUUAAUAUCCUCAAAUUUCUUUUUUUACUUUCUACUGUAAAUCUUUAUUUUAUUAAAAUAUAUUUUUUUCAGGACUUUUUUCUCAGGCAAUCAGAAUUGACUGUAAAAUGUGAUUCUUUGUGCAGUUCAUUGCAGUCACUUUUAAGCUUUAGCAGAUCAUUACUUGCAGGGUAUAGUUAAUCAUGAGAGAAUGAAGAUAAAAACCCUUAUUUCUUAUAAAGCCAUCUUUUAUUUGUAUCCAAAGUUAAACUGAGCUUAAAUUGAACAAACAAUGUUAACUAAAUAUACGUCAGUCAGCAUGUCACAGUUCUGAAUACUUUGGAAGGCAUCUGUUUCAUGGGGAGGUUUGAGGAUUGAAGGAGAUUUUCCUUUGUGGCAUUGCUAGCGGUGGCUCGUGUGAAGGGUGUUUCAGAUGUCUGAUCUAUGACUGAAAGUACAAAUAGAAGCUUGUGUGGCCCCAUUUCCCCUUUGUGAUCUGAUUUGGGGCGUCGGUGCUACUGUCCAGGUGCUAGUAGCUUCACAUUCGAUGCCAGCGGCCAUUGAGAAAGCCAGCUGUAUGCUGCAAUCAUGUUCCUGGCAUACUGAUCCUUAAUAGCAGUGUAUGCUGCAUUCAUGUUCCUGGCAUAUUGAUUCUCUUUCACACCAGCUAUAUGCUACAUUCAUGUUCCAUGCUGGUUCUCAUUCAAGAAGAGCUAAAAUAAAGACUUUUUUUAAUGUUAGAGGCCCUGUGCAAUUUAAAUUAUAAUUUAUUCCUUUAGUUGAGAUUAACAUUUUUUAAAUAUCAUGCACAUACGGUACAUAUACAGCUAUUAAAUAGGCACUAUACAGGCCCAGAUGGUAGACAUUCAGAACUUCCUUCCCUGUUUGACAUAAGGAGCUGACCCAAAGAUGUCUCCUUUUAGAUGUUGAUGUGUGUGGUGUGUUUUGAGUGGGUUGUGUAGUCAGUGUGAAUGUUAAAAUGUUGUAAAGCCGAUUCAUUCACGGUCUCGAGAUACAGUGUUCGUAUUGGUGUGUCACAGAAAUGCUUAAAACAAAAAAAAAACAUGGAAAUACAGAUUCCAGCAACUGCUUUAAAAUAGAAUAUAGACAUGAAAGGACAUGAAACAUUUAUUAUUAUUAUUAUUAUUAUUAUUAACACACAUUCAUUUUUCAAAAAAGAAUGAAGUUUGUCCUGUGCAUUUUACAGAAUUCCUCAUAUAGAGAGCUUUGCACUGAUGAACAAGAGUUAAUUGAAUGUUAAAAACUGUACACCCUCCCCCCCCCCAAAUCAUGCAAGCAUUAGCCAAAGCUGUUUCGAUGAACACUGGUUUCGGUCUGCUGCGAAUCUCGCUCGCGGACUCUCAUGUUGCCUUCCGUUACAUGAUUUCACACGCAUCAUGUAAGCGCGUAGUUUUCCAUGUUGAACGCGCGCAUGUGCCGACGCACUUAUAAACGCAGUGCUUUCACUCGCCCGGCUUUUGUGUCUGAUACGCAGUGUAUGCCAGUUCAGUAAAUUCAGACCGUAUUUUAUUAACUCAUUCUCUUUUUGUAUCUAUGCAGUUUUACUUUCGAGUGAUUAUGAUUUGAAUCCUGGAAAUGUAUAAAUAAAUAGACUUUUAUAUCAUUUCAUCAGAAGAACGACAAAGCCUUAGACCAUAUCCUUAAGUGUGUUCGAUAUCUGGACCAGUAGUUGCUUUUCUGUUUGAGUUCAUUUCUGAUAGCUUGUAGCAGCUCCUACUUCAUACACCUUGUAUAAACCAAAUUGUAAAUUGUAAACCAAUGUCGUACUCAUUUAUCUGUCUGAAUUAUACUAGAUUAAAGGUGAAUAUCCAAAGAACAAAAAAGCAGUUAUUGUUCUUUGUUUUGGUAAUUGCUUAUUUUAAAUCAUGCUGAGCCAAAAAUCAUUUUUGUCUGAACAUGAAAUGUUUUCAUGUUUUGUGACCAAAAAGAAAUCUUGUGGACUUUAAUUUUUUGUGUUUUUUUCUGUUUUUGUUUCGGAUUCAGUAGAGUUUACCUGAACACUGAAUUGCACUGUUUAAUCUAUUAGAGCAUUGGAUUAAAGUCUACUUUAAUGUUCUCCUGGCUCAGUAAGCCAACUCUUUUCCUUAUGCAGUCAUAUGCUUAUUUCAGGCACUUGUAGUUUUGUACUUUGUAUCAAGGCAAUUAAUCAUCAUAAAUAUCGUUUUGUAAAAAGCAACAGCCAAAUGGAUGAUAAUGGCAAAUGUUGAAUAUAAACUUGCAAAACAUGAAGUUA